UAUUUUAAGAUAAGCAGUAAUAACAAUUUAGUUAUGUUAUCGUAACAUUGUAUAAUACGGCUUAACGUUGAAAUAGUUACUGUUAAUACCUACGGUUGGUCAAUCAUCUUCGAUACGACGGAGAUGCAAGUUCGCAAUACAGAAUUGCAUUUAUCGUAUCUCGAUUUCAAUAAAAUGAUCCGUGACAAUCGUAAAUAAAGUAUUCAAGAACAUGAAAAGUGAUUUCGUUAUUUGUCAUCGAAACAACUUAUUAAGUGAGUGUUUUAAUAUGGCCUAUAAUAUGUUUAAAAAUAUUCAUAAAGAAUUCAUAAUUAUGUGUAAUCGUAUUGAAGUCGAGGGAUUUUACGAACAUCGCCGUAACUAAUUUCAGCGAAUGUGUAUGUAUGGUGUUCAUAUUGGCUCUUAUCGAUGUUUAUAAAACUGACGGCAGUAAGUGCCAAUCAUCAGAGAGAGUAUAUUUCUGCGUCUAAAACACCAACAUUAUAACCAGUGAUUUGAUAAACGGUAAAAGUGUACAAAAAGUUUCGACUCAGUACUGUUACCCUUCGCUAUUUACGUUGACUAAUAGGGUCUUUGUAGAUCUUAAUUACAAUUUAUUGGUGUACGUUCAGUACGGCACGGAGUCGCCUUCAGCCGUCGCAGCUGCGAGGAGUUCGUCACAAGUUCACGUCGCCUCGUUCCCGAAGGACAUGUAAACAUAAACAGACCUACAAGCCGUCCAUACUAACUUUCCGAAAGCCUUUGAAACAUGGAUAUAGGAAACUAUUAUACAUCGCCAGUACAAAAGAUGCAUGGCAAAUUUAAGGUAUUUUUGUUAACUGCAGUGAUAUUUUGUGGAAUAAGUAUAGAAACAGCACAAGCUUCACCAAAUUUAACAAAAUAUAAUACGUCAAGAUCAAAUGAGCAUGUGGUUCAAAGAAACGAGACGCCUACGAGUGAACUAUUUCAUUGGGAGGACUACAGCGUGCUGGCCACGAUGUUACUAGUUUCGUGCGGUAUUGGAGUUUUCUACGGCUUCUGUGGCGAGAAACAAACGUCAGGCGAUGACUUCUUAUUGGGCGGUUCAUCAAUGGGCACGUUUCCAAUGGCCCUAAGUUUGGCUGCAAGUUUCAUAACGGCUAUAGAAUUGCUAGGCAACCCAGCGGAGAUGUACAUGGCGGGAGCGCAGUUUUGGAUGAUCUGCGUGUCGUUCGUACUGGUCGUGCCGAUAGCAAGCCAACUCUACUUGCCAGUCUUCAUGAGAUUGCGUUUAACAUCCUGCUAUGAGUAUUUGGAAAUAAGGUUUUGCAAGUCGAUGCGAGUGUACGCGAGUUCGCUAUACAUGCUGCAGAUGGUUCUGUACACAGCCGUUGCCGUCUACGCGCCCGCAUUAGCGCUCUCCGAUGUAACUGGAUUAAACACUUACUUAGCAGUCUCACUGGUAUAUGUGGUCUGCAUAUUUUAUGCAUCACAGGGUGGUAUGAAAGCUGUGAUAAUGACGGACAGUUUUCAAUCGGCCGUGCUACUCGGGUCGCUUGCCACAAUCCUCAUCAUGGGCGCCGGAAAAGCGGGCGGACUCGAUGCGGUUUGGGAUUAUGCAAGAUCUACGGAUCGACUACAUUUUUUUGAUAUGAACCCAGACCCGACGGUGCGGCACUCAUUCUGGACGGUGGUGGUGGGCGGUACCAUGUACUGGCUGAGCAUGUUCUGCGCGAACCAGGCGUCCGUGCAGAAGUACCUCUCAGUGGAGCGCAUAGCGCAGGCCCGGGUUGCGCUCUGGGUUUCAGCGUGCGGCUUGCUCGCGGUCUACUCCGUCAAUUUCGUCACCGGCGCCGUCCUCGCCGCGCACUACGCCGACUGCGAUCCCAUUAAGGCUGGUGUGAUCAACGCAUCAGACCGGCUGCUGCCUCUAUACGUGGUGCGCGAGCUGGGCACUUCCCGCGGCGUUCCCGGCUUCUUCGUUGCUGGCAUAUUUGCUGCAAGUCUCGGGACGGUAGCAUCUGCGUUGAACUCAUUAGCUGCAAUCGCAUGUCAAGAUUUGUUCACUGGCCUUCUCGGAAUAACUUUACCCGAGAAUAAAGGAGCGACAUCUACAACUUUAUAA